UUAGCUGGUGGAAGCUGAGUGGGGAAGCACUCUCAGUAUUACAGAAGUAAUAGCUGCAGGCUGCUUCGCUUGCCGUCUCUGAAAACACUAACAGGAGAACCUACACAGACGCGCACGGCGGAAAUAGUAGGCUCCUUGCACAAGCGUCCUGAACGCCUUUAGGAGGAGGCAGCGCGCUUGAGAAUAUCCCGACUUAGUCUGUGUGGAUGAGAACUCAAGAAAAGCAAGCAGCCGGAAGAGAGUGCGCGUGCGCUCCACCUUGGCACGGGCUGGGCCAGGAUUGUUGCAUCUGGACAAAAAGUAGGCUUGAUGUGAGAAUCACACCUUAUCUGGAUGCAGGAAAGAGUGAAGUUGCAUGUUAAUACGUGGACACAGUGUUAAAACAGUGUUUUGGAAUUGCACCAUUUUUUGAUGGAAGAAGAGAACUGUCACCCAUAUGUGAACUCUUUGUUAUAAUACAACCAUUUCCCCCCCUGUAAAGUACCAAUUCAAAUAGAAUAGUUUAGUGGGAGAUUGCUUUCCAGUCUGGCCUUUUACUUUUUCCUUUGUUUAACUGAAUGCAUACAUGGGAACAAUAGAAAGACAGAAAUUAUUGUGACUCUUGAAUAUUCAUUAAGUUGCUUUUAGUUUCUUAGCAAGGAAGCUUAAGUUACAUGAUGUGAAAGGCCCUUCAAGACACUAUUUAGAACGUUUACACAGUCUUUUAGCAACUAUAAACGUGAUGAAGAUGAGUCUUGCUUUUUAGGAUUUCUAGAAGCAAAAGUUCAACACACAGUCCCAGGAUUUGGAAGACACUUCAGUAUUCUGUCACCUUCCUCUUUCCACUUCCUUGGUUUCAAACUAUCUUGCUGCAGAAGAUGAACAGAGUGCAUUUGUGGAGUUCACCAUUAAUCAUGGUGGUGUUCUGAAUGUUGUGCAGAUCUGAUAACUACUUCUGUAAUGUAAUAGCUGAGUUGCAUAGCACUGUGACAGCAGGAAUAAGUUUAAUGAGGUGAACGUGGUUGUGGCUUUCCAAAAAUGCACACUCCCUUGUAGAUAUUUUUUCUCAUAUGAGUGUAAAGAGAAAUUAAGAUGAGCAGCUAAAAGGGUGAGGGGUGCAGUCAGCACGAAGUGCGACUUCUCGUGCUUCCUUUGGGAAUCACCAUUGCCACAAAGCUGGCAUAGGUGCACCCUGCAGAAGGAAGGAGCCUGGAGAUCCAAGAGAAGCACUGGAAGUGACAGUGGUGGACUGCAGAGGCCAAACUGGGUCCAGGCCAUGAGGUUUGAUGCCUCGCUUUAUUGAAGAGAGACACUGGACCUAAAUGGCGCAGCAUGACUUUGUUCCUGCCUGGCUUAACUUCUCUACGCCACAGUCUGCCAAGGCCCCUGGAGCUACUUUUGAGAAGCACGGAGAGCAUCUUCCUCGGGGAGAAGGCCGCUUCGGAGUAAGCCGGAGACGUCAUAAUUCUUCAGAUGGCUUUUUUAAUAAUGGCCCCCUCAGAACUGCAGGAGACUGCUGGCAUCAGCCUUCCCUGCACCGCCAUGAUUCUGUGGAUUCUGGUGUUUCUAAAGGAGCUCAUAUUGGGCUAGCUGGUAAUCAGCCAGGCUGGCAUGGUCCUUCACGGGGCCACGAUGUCAUGAAUCAGAGAGCUGGAGGAGGAACUGGAUCUCAUCGCCACUGGAAUGGCAACUUCCACUCCCGAAAGGGUUCAGCUUUUCAGGAAAAGCCACCUGCUGAGGCCAGGGAGGAGAAGGAAGAGAAGGAGAAACUGCAGUUUGAAGAAGAUGACUUUCCAUCACUGAAUCCAGAAGCUGGAAAGCAGAACAACCAGAGUAAGCCAGUUGGGACUCCUUCUGGUGUUUGGGAAAAUCCUCCGAGUGCCAAGCAACCUACCAAGAUGCUGGUCAUCAAAAAGGUUUCAAAAGAGGAUCCUGCUGCCGCCUUCUCAGCCGCAUUUACAUCACCAGGGCCUCAGCUUUCAAAUGGCAACAAAGCAACCACCAUUGUCCCAAGUGUCUACAAAAACCUAGUUCCUAAACCUGCAGCACCCCCUUCCAAGCCAAGCCAGUGGAAAGCGAACAGAAGUGAACAUAAACCAGGCUCACUCUCCUCCAGUCGUGAUUCUGCCUUUACUAGUCCUGUGUCUAUAACCAAACCAGCUGCAUUGGCCGGUGGCUCAGUUCUUGCCUCUUCCAAAGAGAGUCCCUCCAGCACCACCCCUCCCAUUGAAAUAAGCUCCUCUCGCUUGACAAAGCUGGUGCGCCGCACAGAUAAGAAGAGUGAGUUCUUGAAGGCCCUAAAGGAUGAUAGGAAUGGGGAGAUGCCAGAGCGCCAUGAGAACAACAAACUGGAGGAUAUGGAGGGCAGCAGCACACCAGAACCAAAGGAAAACUGGGAAGAAAAUUGCCAUCAGAAUGGUCUUUCUCUCCCUUUGGAAGAAGGGGAGAACCUUUCUCACUCAUUAGAAGCAGAACACAGAUUAUUGAAAGCAAUGGGAUGGCAGGAAUACCCUGAAAAUGAUGAGAAUUGCCUUCCCCUCACAGAGGAUGAGCUUAAAGAGUUCCAAAUAAAGUCAGAGCAGCUAAAAAGAAAUGGCUUUGGGAAGAAUGGAUUUCUUCAAGGCCGUGGCAACAGUCAACUGUUCUCCCACUGGAGACGCACUUUUAAGACAGAAUUUGAGGAGUCAGAUACAGAAACCAGUAGCAGUGAAACUUCAGACGAUGAUGCCUGAAAAUGGGCACAACAAAUAACACAGUACAAAAUCAACCCAGCAAACUCUGUUUGUAGUUCAGCACAUAAAUGUUUGGGGUUCAAAUGAAGCAGAGUUUAUUCUGUCCCAAGUCUGUUCAGUUUCUUUUUAUUGUUGGAAACUUCAUGUACAAGGGAAAGAAUUAUAUCCCAAAGAAGAAAGCUAUUAGCUUAUUACUUUUUGGUUUGCCCUUCUGUGCUUCAUAGAGAACAGUCCAUGCAGAUGGGUGACUCAAGGCCUUCUGGAGCAAGGCAUAGGUUCAGUCUCGUCAGCAGAAGGAUGAAAGGACUGAAUUGGGCAGCCACAAGCUUCUCAUACUGCCGUCCACAUAGCAAAAUGCUGUGCGGCAAUAAUGUGCUAAAACAAUCAUUGUCAAUGACAAAAUGGCUAUGGAAGUUCUAAUUGUGUUAAAUUAAUGCUAAUAACAUGGAACUUUUUUAUUUUAUAUUUUGGCGGCUCGGGGAGCUUCAUCACUUAACCAGGCGUGUUUUGGUUUUUUCUUUUUUGGGUACAGCUGUAAAAUAUUUGGAUAUAGGAAUUGUUUGUGUUCUUCUUGCAACCUUGAUAUUCAGGGUGGAUUGUAAAAUAUAAAUUUUUGUGGGAUUUCAAAGAUUAAGAUUAUUUUGAUAACAUUAUUUACAGAUUUAAAAAAGUGACUAUCACAUUGAGUCUGUAUGAGGGGGAAAAACUACUGCAUCAAAAGAUAACUAACUUGGAAUAAAUAUUUUGCAUCAGUUUGCCAA